AACGUGCAGAAGAAUUCGUUGGCUCGAACCCGGAGCUGUCUAGCCCGCGCGGGACGCCACAGAAUGCUACCCUCGGUCUAGUCCCUCGAGUGAGCUCGCCUCUUAUUGUCGACUUCUUUUAUGCACUCUUCUAGCUUUGCCAUCUCCUCUGGAGGAGACUCACCAGCCUGGCGCACGUUCUUCGCUUCAUCGGCCUACGCUGCCCGUGGCCUCUACUAUCCCUUCACUUCCAUUCAUCUGCUGGUUCAGGAAUUUGUUUUUCCUAAUUUGUGAGCUGGCUCUUGUAUACGGCGCGUGUCUAUGAUCUCGUCGUCUCUUCUUCUCACUCGCAAGCGAACGUCACUUAAUUUUCGAGCGUAAUUCCAGCAAGUCUCUUAGUUAGAUGACUUGACCACGACGGCAGGCGAUUCUUUGGCCCAAAGCCCUCGCCUGAAAGCUACUCGAACCCGGGUCCCACGAUGUUCGACAGUAUGGAUCAGCUCCAUGGUCUGAACAAUCUGAACAAUAGCUGGCAAACGAAUUCGAGUUCGCUUGGGAUCUAUCAAGCUGCUUCUAGCAGCAACUCAACCUUUGGUGUCAUCAAUGAGUUCAAGUUUCUUGCCGCAAAGUCGAUACGAACUUCUACAAUCAUCCUCGCUGUUUUCAACACGGUAUCAGCCUUUGCCACUGCAGCUGGCAUUUAUUACGACUGCUAUGUAUCAGCAACACGGUCAAAUCCAGAACGCAGGGGACGCGCCAGUAUCUUCCGAUGUGUUCGAGGACCGGAGACAUACCCGUUUGUUUUGUCUUUGGGAAUCACCAUCCAGGGCAUAAUCUUUGCUGUCUCUCAAUCAUACGGCUUACAGGGUCUUUUCAUACCCGAUUGCUCUCUGAUAUCUCAAUUCAUGUGGCCAGCGGUUUUUAUCGUACCUUACAUACAGUUAGUCUUCGGUCUUGAAGUCACUCUCCGAGCUUUCAGAAGUACACCAUUUCCACCAAGAAACAAGUGGAAUGUCCUAAUCUGCCUCGUACUGGUUAAAUGUCUUCUACUGUGUACUGGCCUAGUCGGGUUUUUCGUUCGACCUCCAAGUUUCUGCUUUGCUUCGCUAUUCUGGUUCGUGGCAAAAUGGGCAGAGGGGGGCGCCGUUCUGUUGCUCUUAAUUGCUGUCAUUUUGGCGAUCUGCAGCUUCGUCAUCUUCUUAAAAUUAACUAGACACGCAAUGAUUGAGGAAUCCGAGCGGAUUAAUGCCUCAAGAAUGGUUUACUACCUUGCACUGGCAGUAGUUACCAAUGCGUUGAUCCUACCGUUCUUCAUAUAUCUGUCCUUCAAGCAUCCCCUGAAUGACACUGCCGGACUAACAUUGUCCAUGAUCUCAACCGUCGUGGCUAAUGUUACCGGGCUCACAACUGGAGGCCUUCACCUAUUUCUCCGAUCCAGAACUAUCUCUACGAUCGGACCAAUGGACAAAUUGGCUGAGUAUGAGCGCCAAAAGUUGAAACACCAGAUUCGGGUAAGGGGAACGAAUGGUACCAUGGACUUCAACGGCCACAUGCUUCAACCCGUAUCGGGGCCUCGGUUCUCGAAAGCGGAAAGCCAAGAAGAUCUUGUAGGCGAUAAAAACAACGACGCAGAACGUGGAGAAAGUCGCUAUCCUGGGGAUUCCCCGACGUUUGGCACGAGCGUUCCAAAUCCUUUAAGAUCUAAUGCAGUGUUUGAGACCGAAAAUUUCCCACUGAUCCCCGAGCCCAUACCAAUCCCACCUACCCCCACGGCUAACAUACACAGCCGAAAGCCAUCAGCUUCCUAUACACUAUUUCCUAGCAAAAACCAAAGCAAUACAGCAUCAGUUGCACUGUUGCCGUCCACUGCCUAUAACCCUAACUCCCAGUCAACCUUAGCUCCAAAUAGCUAUCCGUUGGAAGACUUGAGCGAAACACUCAAACCUCCUCCGUCCGUUCGAACGUGGGGACGUCAUAGACGGGACUCGUCGAUGGUGUCGUCCGCAACGGUUCAAAUCGGUCUACGUAUCUCGAACGUCGCGGACAUAGGGCCAUUGCCCAAAACUUCCACAGAAAUAGAGAGAGAGUACACGCCGUACUAUCCUCAGAACGAGCUACCAGCUACUGCUUACAGACCAAGUCCUCUCGCAACUUUCAAUGCUCAGAGCUCUCCAAUGUUACAAGAUCCUAUCAAAGCGAUCGAUACAGUUACGAAAAACGUUCUGCCUACAUCUGCCAAUUCCGAGGGAGACGGGAGCAACCACACUCUGAGUCCGACGGUCUAUAAUCCAAACAGCCCUACAAAGACAAAGACCCCGAGUCCAAAGGGAGUUGGGUUCAACGUCCCCCGAAGAGCAAAUACGACACCGAUACAGGGAACAUCGACACCACCACCACCAACUCACAACCGUGGAAACUCGAGUGGCGUCGCAGAUAGCAGGUCUGAUUGGAUUUGAUGUCCAUAAGACUGGCGAGCUUGAUAUUAUCUGCUUUUGAGGUUAUAGAUAAAAAGGAUGCAUCAAUAUGUACCACUAGAACCCGUCUCUCCGCCGAGACUGAAUCCCUUCAUUAGCUUUCCUUCGACUGUUGUCAUUUUUGCUUUACCAAAGCGCAAUGAA